AUGCUUGGCUUUCGCAAUAACGCAGGCAAGGUAGAUGGCGGCUACGCCGAUCGGCUGAGGAAGGCACGGCGUAACGCGGCCGACGCGCUCCGGGCAGCUGAGCUUGCUCGCGAUCGGGCCAACGCGCGGCUCACGGCCGUGCGCAAGGCGCGCGGGAAAGAUGCGGAGCGCAAGGGCUUAGACGCCGGGCUGGCACAGUACAACAUCAUCCGCGAGCUUGGGGCGGGGACCUUUGGCACGGCGCGGCUAGCGCAGCGGACGCGCGGCGAUGGACGGAGCGAGAUGGUGGUCAUCAAGGAGGUCGAUGCGAUGACCGGCAACGCGCGGCUGGAGGCGCGCAACGAGGUCCGGGUUCUCCGCAAGCUCAAGCAUCCGUUUAUUGUGCGGUACUUGGGCUCGCAUACGACAACGGGCAAGCUCCACAUCGUGAUGGAGUACGCGUCCGGCGGCGACCUGCACCAGCGCAUCGAGGCACAGCUCAAGCGACGCAAGUACUUUUCCGAGAAGCAGGCCAUGACCUGGAUCUGCCAGAUCCUGCUCGCACUUGACCACAUGCACUCCAAAGCCAAGAUUCUGCACCGUGACCUCAAGUCCAAGAACGUGUUUGUCGACAAGAACGGCGCUGUCAAGCUCGGCGACUUUGGCCUCUCCAAGGUCCUCGCCCACACGCUCGAGCGCCGGCGUACUCGGACCGGCACCCCGCUGUACAUGUCGCCGGAGCUGAUCAAAGGCGAGCCGUACGACGGCUCCGCUGACAUGUGGGCGCUCGGCUGCCUCAUCUACCAGAUCCUCGCCCUCCGCAUGCCCUUCCGCGGUGCCAACAUGGUUCAGCUCUCUGCCAACAUCCUCAAGGGUUCGUUCCCGAGCAUUCCGGACCACUACUCGCCGAAGCUUGCCCAGAUUGUCGCCGACCUGCUGCAGUCAGACCCUUCCUCCCGGCCGACCUGCCGCGAUCUCCUCCGCCGGCCCUACGUCCAACGCUGGUUGUACCGGGUUGUGCUCGACAAGCCAUCGCCGUCGUCCAAGACCCAGACCAAGACCAAGACUGCGGCGCCUGCUGCGGCGCCUACGCCUGCUCCCGCGGCGUACGUGGCAGACUCAAACGAGUCGGACGAGUCUGACGAUGACGAUCUCGGCGGAACGGUGGUCCGGGUGGUUUCCGCAGUGACGCCCGAGGCGCCCGACGUGCCAGACGUGGCCACCCGCGGCGCGCAAGUGACUGCAACUCGGGUACCCAGGGCAUCGCCGGGGCGGCGGAUAGCUCCUGCAUCGCCGGCACUCACGCCGCGGUACCGCUAUCGGCCGACGCUCAUCCUGCCGCACCUGCAGCCACCGCCGCCACCGUACGAUGGACGCCGGUACUGA